GCGCCCGCCUUCUCCCCACCAACGUCUGACGUAUAAUUAGCUGUCAAACGUCUAGAGGAGACUUCAGGGUAGUUCUGCGAGUUUCGAUCCGACGGCGUAAAGUGCACAUUUAUCGAGAGGAUUUCCGUUGUCUAAAUUACCUCACACGAGACAACAGCCUUGUUCUGAAGCUACUUCCGAGUGCGGUUUGCAGCAGACAACGGUGAGCAAAGGAGUAUCGACGAGUCCUUCUCCAAAAUCAAUCGAAAUCAUGUCCGGCCAAGGUGACGAAUCGCUAGCCCACACCAAUAAUUCUGCGAACAAUUGUCCAAGCCCCAAUCCGAAUCUGCAGUUGCCGAGUCCAAUUAUUACGAAACGUACAAGAACUGCAUCGACAUCCGCCAGAGCCCUCGAGAACCCAAUCGAAACGGGGAUCGUGAAGUCCUUCAGCCGAGCCAAAGGACACGGAUUCGUCGUACCGCAUUCCGGCGGAGAGGACCUCUUCGUUCAUAUUUCUGACAUCGAAGGUGAAUACGUCCCAAUGCCAGGCGAUGAAGUCAAAUAUCGUUUAUGUUCCAUUCCACCAAAGUACGAGAAAUACCAGGCCAUACACGUACAAAUUAUAAAUUUAACGCCAGAAAAGCAUACAAAAUGGGAGGAGCCAUGUACUGAUGAGGGUCAUGGACAACAUUAAAUGAAGCUGAAAUGCUUGUAAUUCGAAUAUGCACAGGAGACAGAAUGGAAAGUUGUUGUGCUACAGUUAAGUUAAAACAACACAAAAACAAACAAACAUUUUAAAUAAUUAAUCUAAACGAAGUUUGCCUUCGUACCGAUAAUCAGGUAAACAGUCUGGUUCUGUUUUGAAUGCAGACUUUGUAGUUUGUCUUAUGAAAUUUUCCGUCAUUCAUUCAGUAUGGAGUUUUUUACAUUUUACAUGUUACAUGAACACAGUUUAAAGGUCAAUAACGUACAAAACCAGAAGAAAUUGCACAUUCAUGCAGCGCUUAAACAUUCUAAUGCCGAAAAAAACCGCACAGUUCAGCUAAUUCACGGCACCCAAAACGUACAAUUGAACUUUGAUAGUUUCUAUCCUCAAUCAUCCAAAUUACAUUGUUAUCGCAGAAUUCAACAUCCUUUCCGACCUGUUAUUGUGUUGUAGUAUUGUUUUACAGUGAAACUUGUUUUUUCGCUUCAUUCCUCACGUUAUCCUGUUUGGUUUGGUUCUUAGUAUUCUUCAUAUGUAUAUUUUCUCUUCCCGGUUUUGUUAUAACCUAAAGUUUGUAAUUUAACAAGUGAAUCAAGUUUACUAGAUGAGACGUAGUUUCGACCGCACUUUAGUCCAGUGCGAAAGUGAAAAUUCUUAAUGAGCUGUUUUUUAAAUAUUGCUAGUUUUAAUUACGAGUAGAUUUAGUUAUCUCUUACAUGCAAUGUACUUGAGCUUUGAUGCUACAUAAUGCUGGUGUUAAGGUGUGUUUCGCAUAGAAUAACUUUCAGUUAUUGUAACCGCCCGGCCAUAGCCAGAAAACAAGAAAAAAAAAACGAAUAAGUUACAGAACAAGUCUUCUCUUAAAUAUUGUAACAAGUAUUAAGUAAGUGCUAAAAUAUAUUAUUGAAAAUA